CAUCAAUCAAAUGCCGGUCAUUAAUUCAUACCCGGUUGAGGUCACUGCCGGAGGUCAGUGGAGCUCGAGCAACAAGCGAUGGUUCAUGAUGCACAGGUAUAUAUAGAAUUCAACGAUCAAGGUCAGAGAGAAGGAUUUUGGUGGUGCAAGUCGAUUCCUCUUCCAAUCAAACGAUAUCCAUCAUGAAGUUCUCCACCGUUGCAAUUCUACUAUCACUCGCGAGCACAUCCGUGGCGUAUCCUUUUAUGGGUACACCAGGUGCUCCUCGCCACUACCAAGAAUGGUCUAAGGAAAACGAAAAGCGUCAACUGGGUUUCAACGCUGAUGCGCAGAGGAUCGACGUUUCGGGAGAUCACGCGUUCAAGCCUCCAGGCGCGGGAGACUUGCGCGGGCCCUGUCCCGGAUUGAACGCUUUGGCCAACCACGGGUAUCUACCGUCGAGCGGAGAGAUCAGUCUGGAUCAAGCAGUAUCCGCUUGCAACAAGGUCUUUGGAAUGGGUAUCGACUUGGGGACUUUCCUGAGCGCUUACGCCACCGUCAUCCUGGGUAACCCCCUAUCACUGAGUUGGUCCAUUGGAGGUCAAAAGGCUGGUCUGAAUCUAUUGGGCCUGCUCAGUCCGCCUCAAGGUCUUUCCGGAAGUCAUAACAAAUACGAGUCGGACGCCAGUCCCGGUCGAUUUGAUGCGUUCCUGAACGGCGGAAACCCGGCAGAGUUGUCGGUUCAGAACUUUGAGAACCUUUACGCACUGCAGCCCGGCGAGACAGGUGGAAAUUACGAUCUCGGCGUCCUGAUUGACCACUCGAGGCGUACGAUCCAAGAGUCUCGGGCGAACAACCCACAACACUUCUGGGGUCCUUUCACCGGCCCCAUCGUCUCGUCGGCAGCGCACACUUUCAUUCCGGCGUUCAUGAGCAACCACAGCGCCGAACGUCCCGAGGGAUUUUUGGACCAAGAUGUUCUCAAGUCAUUCUUUGGCGUCACCGGCACCCAGGGCAACAUCCAGUCUCAGCGGGGUCACGAGCGCAUUCCUGAGAACUGGUAUCGACGACCUAUCGGAGACGAGUAUACCAUCCCCGCUUUUACCCUCGAAGCCGUCGAACUGCAACUCGCCGUGCCAGAGCGAGUCGCCGUCGGAGGCAACCUCGGCACUGUCAACUCGUUCACCGGAGUCAACCUCGCCGACCUGACGGGCGGAGUGUACAACUCGCAAACCUUGUUGCAAGGAAACAACUUGAUCUGCUUCGGGUAUCAGACGUUGUUGACCGUCGUCCCUGACGUCCUGAAGGGUCUAGUCGGGGAUGUCAGUUCGGCAUUGAACGUCUUGACCAGCAGAGUCGCGCCAUCAUUUGCCCAGUUCAAUUGUCCUCAGAUCGAAUACUACAACAAAGACCUGUUCAACAAGUUCCCCGGGGCCGGAGCAGGUCUCUAAUCCAGCGCCUUCUAACCAGUACCAUCAAGACGUCUUCUCGCGAAAUGUACACCGAGCCACUCAAGUACCGGAACUCAAUUGAAACAAUCAGGCAGACAUCUACGUAAUUCAGGUCCCGUUGAAACA